CAGAAGCAUCCCUGCGCGCGGCGUGGCCGCCCCUCUCCUCCCGGCCACCAGAGGGCGCGCGGCCUCUACCGCCCCGCCCGCUGCGUCUGCGCCUGCGCCCGCGCCGUGCCGGCCGCCCGGCCCACUGCUGCUUUCCCCCGUCGUCGGCCCCGCCUCGCGCCCCAACGUUCCGCCUCCGUUGCCCCUAGCGGCUGUUUGUUGACUUCCGGGGACGCGGUAGUAGCCGAUGUCCGGGGUGUCGCUAUGGGGGCCCGGGGGGCUUCCGCGGCCCGCGUCGGGACUGAGGCCCUGCCAUAGGCCCCACCGAGUCGCCCCCGCCACCUUUCCGGGUCAGGCGCAGGCUCCCCGCAUCGCCCUUGGCAUGGGGGAACCCGAGGAGGUGGUGCCCGGUUCGGGUGCUGUGUUUACAUUUGGAAAAACUAAAUUUGCUGAAAAUAUUCCCAGCAAAUUUUGGUUUAAAAAUGACAUACCUACAUUUCUUUCAUGUGGAGAUGAACAUACUGCUAUUGUUACAGGAAAUAAUAAACUUUACAUGUUUGGCAGUAACAACUGGGGCCAGUUAGGAUUAGGAUCAAAGUCAACUAUUAACAAGCCAACGUGUGUCAAAGCUUUAAAACCUGAAAAAGUGAAAUUUGCUGCCUGUGGACGGAACCACACCCUAGUUUCAACAGAAGGAGGCAAAGUAUAUGCAGCUGGAGGAAAUAAUGAAGGACAGCUGGGACUUGGUGACACUGACGAGAGAAACUCUUUUCAUCUAAUUAGUUUUUUUACUUCCCAGCAUAAGAUUAAACAGCUCUCUGCUGGAUCCAACACUUCAGCUGCACUAACUGAGGAUGGAGAGCUUUUUAUGUGGGGUGACAAUUCUGAAGGGCAAAUUGGUUUAAAAAAUAUAACUAAUGUGUGUGUCCCGCAACAAGUGACUGUUGGGAAACCUAUCUCCUGGAUCUCCUGUGGAUAUUAUCACUCAGCUUUUGUAACAACGGAGGGAGAACUAUACACAUUUGGAGAACCCGAGUCUGGGAAGUUAGGUCUUCCCAAUCAGCUGCUGGUCAAUCACAGAAUGCCCCAGCCGGUGCCUGGAAUUCCUGAGAAGGUGGUCCAAGUAGCUUGUGGUGGAGGGCACACCGUGGUUCUCACAGAGAGAGCGGUGUAUACCUUUGGGCUCGGACAGUUUGGUCAGCUGGGUCUUGGUACCUUUCUUUUUGAAACUUCAGUACCCAAAGUCAUUGAGCAUAUUACGGAUCAGAAAAUAAGUUCUAUUUCCUGUGGAGAAAAUCACACAGCUCUGAUAACAGAUUUAGGUCUCAUGUAUACUUUUGGGGAUGGUCGACAUGGAAAAUUAGGACUUGGACUGGAGAAUUUUACCAAUCAGUUCAUUCCCACUUUGUGCUCCAAUUUUUUGAGAUUUAUAGUUCAAUUGGUGGCUUGUGGUGGAUGCCACACACUUGUUUUUGCCACUCCGCGACCUGGCGGGACAGAAGAAUUGGAGUUAGAAGAAAGCAACGAUUCUUACUUUCCUGCAGCGCCUUCUCUGCUCCUCAGCGAUCUGAGCCCAGGCAGUGUACUGCACAGAACUCUACCAGCACGUGUGCGGCGAAGAGAGAGGGAGAGAUCGCCUGAUGCUUUUCAAAUGACACGAACACUACCUCCAAUUGAAGGAACUUCUGUGCCACCUGUUAGCUUUUCCCCCACCCCAGUCCCUUUCUAUAUGUCUGCAGGUAAUUGGCCAGGGAAAAUGAUACUUGAAAAGGAGGACCCCGUGCAACUAGUGGAACCAGAUUAUUUUCGUGAUAAAAUGGCCAAAGGGAAAGAAGCAGACAAUUCUUCAGCCGGAGAUUCAGAAAGCCUUGGAGAAACUACUGAUGUCUUAAAUAUGACACAUAUGAUGAGCCUGAAUUCCAAUGAGAAGUCAUUAAAAUUAUCACCGAUUCAGAAACAAAAGAAACAAGAAACAAUUGAGAAACUGAAGCAGCAUACAGCUCACUCUGAAAACGAUGAUAGUAAAGGAUUUGCAAGUGAAGAGAUGUCCAAAACAGUGAAUGAAGGGAGAGUCUAUAAACAACUUUUGGCAAAAGGAAUGUACGUGAUGCAAGCAGCUAUGACUACGGAAGCAUUUUCAGAUGAGGACGUAGGUAGUGACCCAGGCCAGCCUGGGCCUCGAGCUGACACCCAUGCAGAGGGUGUGCAAAGUGGGCUGUUCAGACGUGAGAGUAAGCAUGGUCUUUAUCCACCUGACAGUAAGGCCAUAGCAAAGGCAAGCGAUGCAGGCCAGUGGCAGAAGGAUCCAGAUGCAGAAGAAAUAGUCUCUGAGAAGGAAACUGAGCUGGCCGAAAUGGCAGGUCUGAAGGCUAGGAGACAAAUUGAAGAGAAUUUAAGAAAUAUUAAUAUGUUCUUUGACAACUUACCAAAUAGAGACAUAAAUAUUGAUGAUGAAGACAGUAAAGAUUUUGUUGAGGUUGCUAAGAGGAACAAGCGAGAUAUGAUUUUUGACAGCGAGAGAGACUCUCUAGACGAGCCAGACAGUUUCUUGGAAGGCGAAAGUGCAAGUCAGCAAGGCACCACUGACGGCUUCGAGCAGCCGGAGUCAGUAGAAUUUAGUAGUGGAGAGAAAGAGGAUGACGAAGUGGAAGUGGACCCAAACUUGUGGUAUAGCCGCAAAUUUAUCGAACAAGGACAGGAGGAGGAGACUGAACACAAACUGUCCAAAUUCCUGGCAAAAUACGAUUUUAAAUGUGACCACUUGUCAGAGAUCCCUGAAGAGCAGGAAGGAGCAGAGGAUUCAGAAGGAAGUGGAGUAGAGGAGCCAGAGGUAGAGGCGAGUGAGAAACAUGUGCAAGUGCCCGCACGAAAGCAGGAGGAGAUAGAGAUCCUGUCCGAUGACCUGACAGACAGAGCGGAGGAUCACGAAUUUUCAGAAGAUGAAUUCGAGGACGUGGAUGAGGAAAUUAAUGACUAUCCGGAAGGCAAGAAGAACAUACCAACGGAUGAAGCCAAGGACAACUCAGUUGAAAAGGACAAGAAAACCAACCAUGAAGAACGGGCUAUUUGUGAAUACAAUGAAAAUCCAAAAGGAAACAUGCAUGAUCGUGCAAAGAGCAGAUCUUCUGAAGUCCUGGAAGACAGUGAAUCAACACCAAGUAAAGACGUCAAAAAAUCAAAGAAGAUUCGGGGUCCAAAUAACCAAGACAUGGUGCCUGCCUUACACUGCAUGGGGGAAGUAAGGAAGAAUCAGAUGGAUGUUUCCUCCUGAAACCCCUUGGGUGUCCAUAGCUGGAAAGGGAGCCAUUUGGAUUUCUCAUCCCACUAGGUUUUUGACAAAAGGGAAAUACAGUUUCCUAGAAAGAAAGAGGUGUUGGUCUAUCACAAAACAUAUCUAUCACAGAUGGAAUAUUGGUCCCAUCCAAUUUAUUUGGCCAUUCCAAAAACAAGAUUGUGGCUACUAUAAAAAAGAAGCCACCCUACUACCCCAUAUGCUGCCAGGAUUUAGGUUUUGCUGAUGCUUUCUUUGUAAUGUUUCUUGUACCUAUGCCUUCUUCCCCAUUCUUUAUAUGCUUCCCAAGUCUUAUCAUCUGUUGCCUGAGCUACCUGUCCUUGGCUAGGAUGCUUGAGAUGCAGGUAAGAGAAAGCCCUAGAGCUCAACCGAUGCCAACAAUAAGGACAUUUAUUACCACCUGUAUCAAGCAGGUCAGAAGUACAAGUAGGCCCCGAGCCCCAUGGAUCGGGGCUCUGGUUCUGUUUUGCUUGCAGUUCUCUUCAUUCAUAUGUUGGCUCUCGUGAAAUGGCUGAGACAUUCCAGGCAUCGCAUCCAUACAUACCAUCAGCAGAAAGAGAGGAACUUCUCUUGUCUGUAUGAUUCUUGUAGGAAUAUAGUGGAUGCUGUGAUGUGCUGCCUGUAACCCUCUUCAGGAGCCGAGGACUUCUCCCAGCUGCUGGGAGUGUUUCCGGCAGAGCCUGCAGCUGGCAGCCCUUUUCGGAAAUGCUCUCUGCAGAUGAGAACUGCCUUAUCCAAGUUCACCUUCCCUUCCUGGGAGUAGCCAAUAUUCAAUAACUAUUUGUCACACGUGUUUAAAGGCCCAGCCUCCUCACCCCAACUCAGAAAACUCUAUGGGACCAUCUUCAGGUCUUUGUUGUGUUGGCUGGGGUCUUCGCUGUGACCGUAUCACAGCUGCACAUCUCCCUCUGCCCCCUCUUGUUGCCCCCUCUUUCAUUGCACAGGUGUGGACCCUAAGUACACGCCUUUAUGAACCUCCUGCACAUUCACUGUUAUCUCAGAGCCUGCUUCUUGGGGAACAUGAUUUAUAAGAAGAAGUAAAGAAGUCCUUUUGGUGUCCCCUCCCAACUUAAUGUCCUGCUGUGUCACACACAUCCCCCUAACUGGGUCCCUGGGAGGCUGGCAUGACUGGCUUAGAGCAAGGAGGAUUUGCCUCUGGAGCAGGUGAAACACAGGUCAGAGUCAUUUUGAAGGCUUCCUCACUCCUCUGUCCAGCAGUUGGCACUAGCUGUUGGCUGAGGUCUCAUCUGAGCUGUCAGGGUACGGUAUGCCUGUAUGUGAACUCUUCAUGUGGCUUCUGCACAGCACAGUUGCCGGCUUCUAAGAAUGAGUAUCUCCAAAAAUAAAUAAAUAAAAUGGAAAAACAGACCAUGCUGUAUCCCUUCAUAUGACCUAGGCUUGCUCAUUUCUGGCAUAGCCACAGACCCACAGACCCUUGAUAAAAGAUAGCACGUAUAGAGCUUCCUUGGUGGGAGGAGUGUUCAAUGUCCCAUUGUGAAGAACACGAGGGAUGGAGGUGGUAUUUUCACAGCCAUCUUGAUAAAAACACAGCACAUAAAACAAGCAGACUUCCAUUUAUCCACUGGGGAGCCUGGGAAAGCUUCCCUGAAGUUCUGCUUAAGAUAUGACCUGAGAAUAAGGGGAUGUUACCUAGAAUAAGGAGUAGGAAAAGCAAGCAGAAGGAAAAAAGUAUGUGCAAAGGCCCUGAGAUAGAAAGGAGCAGAGCACAGACUGUGAAAGGUCAGUGUGACUUCAGUCCUGAGAGUGACGGCAAGGGCGGUGAGCAUUAAGACGGACUCCAGAUCAGCAGAGCCUUGUAUGCUGUGUGCAGAACGCUUGUUCAUCUACAUGGACCAGUGGUCCUUCAGGGUUUAAGCUGUUGAUUGACCAUUUGUUCUGACUAUGGCAAGUGGAGAGCAUAUUGAGGUUGUAGGAAAGACAGGAGUGGAUUCAGGAGACCUCGUAGGAAGUCACUGAUGGGAGUUCAGUUGAGAAGUGAUGGAAUGUAGCAUAGGUCAGGUGGAUGGCAUGAAGAUGAACCAGUGUGGCUGGAUUCAAGUGCCAUGAUGGGGAGGAAAUCAACAGGACUUAUGGGUAGGGUGGAGUGGAAGGAUGAAUAGUGGUGCCUGUCAAAGAGACAGAAAAUACUAGAGAUAAGCAGCUUUGCAGGUUAGAGGUCCCGAUUCUGUUCAGUACGUGUAGUGUUGGAGAUGUCUUUGAACAAUCAAGAGGAGUCAAGUAGCGGGGUCAGGAACACAUAGAGGAGCCUAAAGGUAUAGAUUUAUGAUUCUUGGUGUUUAGCUGGCAAUUAAAGUUCUAAGUGUGGAUGAGAUCCCUUAGGGAAAGAGUACAGAGAUUCUCAUAGAACAUUACAUUCAGUGGUUGCCCAGAGGUUGAUGGGUGGCGAGAAGCUAAGGAGCAUCCAGACUUGGUGGAAGUAUGAUGGUGUGGUGUCCUUAAAGCUGAAUAGUAGUAGUGUUACUGGGGCGGGCAAGGAGUCAUUAGUACUGAAUGCCUUUGAGACGUGUACGAAGAUGACUAAAACAGGUCUAUUGAGACAAACAACAUGGUGGUAAUGACAGCAGAAGUUAAUUUGGAGGAACAAUGUGGGACCCCAAUUGGCACAGGUUGACAGAGGCAGAGUUUAGACAACUUUUUUGAAAGAGAAAGAAUUGAAGGAAAAUGUUAUAAUAGGACCAUCGUGCAACAGCACACAUUUGAGAAUAAGGUGUGUGAAGCAUUCAAUUUCCUUGUACCAGAUCAGAGGCUCAAGAGACCCAUCACGGAUGCAUUCUCCUUUUAAAGAGAAGGAGCAUGAGGCACGUGAGAGAAGUUCGCACCUGUAUCAUAUAUGUUCCAAACCAACAGAAAUUGGACCCACUCCAGCAAAGAGAGGGAAGGACCCAAGCAAUGUGGGAAAGCUGCAAAUAGCCACCUAAAAAAUAUUCAUGUAGAAUCCCAAUGUGGAUAGCUCAGAAUCUCUUUUUAGCUUGGGCGUGUUCAACUCUUGUGGGCCUUUGAGCAAAUCUUGUAACUUUUCCAUGCAUCAACUUUUCUUUGGCUAUUCACCAGGGUCAGAGGAAGGCUGAUCCUUGAAAAGCGCUCAGAACAAAAAGUCCAACAGGAUUUGACUAAAUGAAGCAUUUGAUUAGUUAUCACUAAUAGUAUGAUGCAACCCAGGAAGGACUAUUAACUCAUUGUUUCUAAACUUGGCUUGCUUUCCUACUUGGCUGGAGCCCUCAGAGCUCUGGCCAAGCAGCAGGGUUUCUGCAUGUGCUCUGGCUUCCCUGAGGACCUCACAACGAGCCAGAAACCCUCAGGAUCCACGAGAGGUCUUGAGGAAAACAAGGAGAAAGGGCAUGGGUACAAGCACGGGGAGAGGCAGCCAGUCCCGUCCAUACAGAGACAGGGGCGUGUGUCAGCUCUUCUUGUGGCUGGCAGCUCUUCUGGAGUCUCAAAGACUAAUUUUCCAGUCUAUGUCCUCGCAGGGAUGCUGACCUUUGGGUUGAUUAUAAGAGAGAAAAUGAAAGCUUUCCCUCUCCUCCAACGCAUCCUUCUUGGACUGGAAACAUGUGUCAAGGCCAUUACCUCCGCAGAUGCUUUGGGAUGAAUCAGCAUUCUAAAAGACGGAGGCCCCAGGAGGUGCCAGCGUCCACAGGAUGUUCAGGGAUUGAGGCGAGUGGGGAAGCAAUGGAGUGCUACAGCCUUCCGCCAGGGGUCCGUUGUACCCCCGUCAAGGUUGGCAGCCUGAGAAUCUUGGUGAGAAUAAAGGGUGAAGGGGUCCGAACUACUUCUACAGAAUCCUGCACAGACCCCACUGGGCCAAGGGCUGGGGUCCUCUUUGGGAAAUCGGUAUCAUCAUGGUUGGAAGCCUGUCCUCGAGGAUGGUCUUUACGCAAAACACA